UCGUGUUGUUAUUAGUGGAUAACGUUUCAUUUACUCAGUCCCUUGCAUUUUUCUCCGGCCAUGUCUCCCGCCAUGACAUCCUCCAAUCCUCCUCCCCGCACCAUUCCAUCGGGUGGCGAUAAUCUCCGGCGUAUUCACCGCCUCGAUGCCAUCAAAGCUCUCGUUAAUACCACGGUCAAUAUCCACCCUCGUAACGUCAUUCUACCUCGCCCGAUCGAUUCUCUUCGCCGCGGCGAGUGGGUUAAGCUCAUUUGCGGCGCUAGCUUCGAGGAUGCUGCUGAUAUUAGGAAUCUAUCUCUUGUAUACACUCUUGCUGGAGUUGAUUGCAUUGAUUGUGCGGCUGAUGAGUCGGUUGUGAAUGCUGUGAAUGAUGGUAUAAAUGCAGCAAUGAAUAUUGGUUCAAUUGAGAGACCGUGGGUGAUGAUUAGCGUCAAUGACGACAAAGAAGAUCUCCAUUUCCGUAAAGCAGAAUUUGACCCAGAGAAUUGCCCGCUUGACUGUUCAAGGCCCUGUGAAAAGGUUUGUCCUGCAAAUGCAAUCUUACUUAAAAAAUCGUCAACAGGCCAGCAUUCUUUAGGCAGCUCCGAUGCAUCAGACAGACUCCAGGGUGGAGUUGUCACAGAACGUUGCUAUGGUUGUGGGCGUUGCUUCCCAGUUUGUCCAUUUGAUAAAAUAAGAGCGAAGACUUAUAUAAGGGAGACUGCGGCGACAAGUGAACUCUUGAAAAGGAAUGAUGUGGAUGCCAUAGAAAUACAUACAACUGGCAGGCACAUCCAUCUAUUCAAUGAGCUUUGGGAUACAUUGGGAACUUCAAUCAAACAUGUGAAACUAGUAGCAGUUAGUAUGCCUGAUAUUGGAAAUUCGACUUUCUCCACAAUGCAAGAUAUGCAUACAAUAAUGGAAUCUCGUCUCCUUGGUUACAAUUUAUGGCAGUUAGAUGGCCGGCCCAUGAGUGGGGACAUUGGUCGAGGUGCUACAAGAGAGGCAAUUAACUUUGCAAUGCGUUUGGCAGCUAUACCAGACAAGCCUCAUGGUUUUUAUCAGCUGGCUGGCGGAACAAAUUUGCACACAAUUGAUUGUUUAAAGAAAGUGGGGCUUUUCAAGGCAAUCAAAUUUUCAGGUACGGGAGGCAUUGCUGAUUCUGCACAAGCUUUAAUUGGUGGCAUAGCUUAUGGUGGUUACGCUCGGAAGAUUGUUGCCCGAGUACUGCAUAAGUUGCCAACCCAACCUGGCUGUAUGCUUAUUGAAGAUUACCCAGAGUACCUAAUGGAAGCUCUCAGAGAAGCUUUAACUUUGGUUGGCCCUGUUAAGUCCUACAACAUGCCAUUGUCUUGCCCACAAUGCGCACAGGUUCAUUAAUACCCCAAUAUUAUCUACUCUAUUUUUAGUCAUUGUAUAUCUAAAUUACUAUUCUUAUAUAUAUUUUUCACUUUUCAUAUUAAAAGUUUCUGUUAGCAUGUCUUCAUCAGUAUGUGCAAAUCAUUUUGCUAUUGGAACCAUACUUUUAUCAAUUUUAGUCUCACAUUUACAAUUGAGGGGUUUGAAGGAAUUGA